AUGGACGUUGCCUAGUAGCCGCCCACCUUUCCCUUGUAGCCUGUAGGGUCUUGCCUUUGUAUUUGCCGAUCAGCCACUCAUAAAUCAACUUUAGCUUCUUAUAUAUUUUUUCUUCUUGAAGGGGUAUAGAUUCAUGUUAGCAGCAGCAGCAGCAGCAGCUCAGGUCUUGUUUACACAUACCGUUCAUGCAGAUGGAGAAGUAUCAGAUCUUCCUCCCUGUCUCUGACCCAUCGAGUCCUUCAGGUUCACCUUCAUCACUAAACAUGGCAAAUCCUUUAAUCUAUUUUCAUGGUGAAAAUGAAAAUGGGGUCAGGCCAGAAAGUAGAACUCCACAUUCGGAUGCGAAACACAGUGAUCCUCAGACUAGUAGAGUCUCUAGCAAUUCUGAGAUUAAGGUGAAACCAGGAGUGAGGGGAGGGGAUAAUAAUGAGUUCAGAAAGCAUAAAUAUGCAUUUCAAACUAGAAGCCAGGUUGACAUACUUGAUGAUGGGUAUAGAUGGAGGAAAUACGGGCAAAAGACUGUUAAGAACAGUAAGUUCCCAAGAAGUUACUACAGGUGUACAAAUAAUGGGUGCAAUGUCAAGAAGCAAGUCCAACGCAAUUCUAAAGAUGAAGAGAUUGUUGUGACCACCUAUGAAGGGAUGCAUACUCAUCCAAUUGAGAAGUGCACUGACAACAUUGAGGACAUACUGAGACAGAUGCAAACUUACACUCCUUUCGAAAUUAUGCCAGGGCAUUUUCUUUAAUGUUUAGAUUGCACAUAGACUACUGUAAUUCUGAAUUGGGGGUGGAAAAUAAAUCUUCCACAGCAUAAAACAUUGGAAGCUACUUUCUAUCUAGCUGUGGAAUUCUGAUGAUGCCAGGAGUGAUUUCAGUUUCAAGCUGGCUAGAAACAUUUUGCAGAUCCACUAUAUGGAGGGUCUUAUCCAUACAAUCUUUAACAUUAUCAUAAGGACUUGUACAAUUCUAAAGAGUUAUACUGCAGCUAUUCUGAUCCACAGUUCUCGGUCAAAAAGCAGAAGCAUACUUGAAUACGAUCAUAGGAACUCUUCAGGUUUUUAUCAAACUUGUAAAAUAAAAUGGUUGGAUAACCUCUUCCUAUA